GGCUGGGGGCCUCCGGGCCUGGCCGGGCCGCGGCCUGGGGGAGGAUGUCGGUGAACUACGCGGCUGGGCUCUCGCCUUAUGCGGAUAAGGGCAAAUGCGGGCUCCCCGAGAUCUUUGACCCCCCUGAAGAAUUAGACAGGAAAGUAUGGGAGCUGGCACAGCUGAUUCAGAGAUCUUCCAAUGUGGUGUUUCACACAGGUGCAGGCAUCAGCACAUCCUCAGGCAUCCCAGACUUCAGGGGUCCCCAGGGUGUGUGGACCAUGGAGGAACGGGGCCUGGCACCCAAGUUUGACACAACGUUUGAGAGUGCCCGGCCUUCUAAGACCCAUAUGGCCCUGCUACAACUGGAGCGAGUGGGCAUCCUGAAGUUCCUCGUGAGCCAGAAUGUAGAUGGGUUGCACGUGCGCUCUGGCUUCCCCAGGGACAAGCUGGCUGAGCUCCAUGGGAACAUGUUUGUGGAAGAAUGUGCCAAGUGUAAGACGCAGUAUGUACGUGAUGUGGUGGUGGGCAGCAUGGGCCUCAAGGCAACAGGACGCUUGUGCACGGUGGCAAAGGCUCGAGGCCUUCGGGCCUGCAGGGGGGAACUGAGGGACACCAUCCUGGACUGGGAAGAUGCCCUGCCUGAUAGAGACCUCAACCUUGCUGAUGAAGCCUGCAGGAAUGCAGAUCUAUCCAUCACUCUGGGAACAUCCCUGCAGAUCCGACCCAGUGGCAACCUGCCUCUGCUCACUAAACGCAAAGGAGGCCGACUAGUCAUAGUCAACCUGCAGGCCACCAAGCAUGACCGCCAAGCUGACCUUCGAAUUCAUGGCUAUGUGGAUGAUGUCAUGGCCAAGCUCAUGAAGCACCUAUGCUUGGAGAUCCCUGAAUGGCAGGGGCCCCUUGUGGUGGAACGGGCCCCACCCCUGUUACCCCUCCCGACACAGGUGAAGGCUGAGCCCCCCACCCUGCCAGCCCUGCCCAAAGCACCCAAGGCAGAGCCCCCUGACCAGCGCCAAAGACCAGAGCAGGAAGGUGUCAAGAGGGAGCAGCCCCCUGCCCCCCGGCUGCCCAAGAGGGUGAAGGUGGAGCCUAUGCCCAGCUGAAAGGGUUUGAGACAUCGUGUGGACUCAGGCUAGUGUGCUCCUUUCUGAGCCCCAGUCACCCUCACUGUACAAAGGGACAGUGCACUCACUUGGUAUCUAUAGGCCCAUCCAAUCCUCAGUUGUGGUGACAGUGUGGCCUGCUAGAAGGAGCACUGCACUUAGAGGAUUUGGAUUCAAAUCCUAUCCUGUGUGACUUUAGAAAAUUGCUUCACUCCUCUGGGCCUUAUAGUUUCAUUAUCUGUAAAAUGAAGUUGAACUAGCUGAUCUUGAGGGAUCUUUGC